UUGAGAGCAGUUCAAGCUUAACUGCAACUACCAUAUGUCAGUAUGCGACAAUGAGUACAUCAUGUGGCGUGACAGGAACCUGCAGAGCACGUAUCAAUGUGCUUAGCUCCUACCUCGGUCCAUGACUUCAUUGGCCUUCCACAUCUAGAGCUUCGUCCGGCAUUUCGAAGAUUUCGAGUAAGGAAGCAUUUUCGUCUGUCCGAUGUCCCACCUCUUCGUCAAACCACACCUUGCCGCGCAGUACUCAUUUGCAUCGAAGACAAUCGAAGAAGACAUGGCUCAGAUACAGAACAAUCGCCAAUAUGAGCUCAUCCUGCUCGGCGCUACCGGCUACACUGGAAAAUUGGUCGCAGAAUGGAUCAGUACACACCUGCCAGAAGACCUGAAGUGGGCAAUUGCUGGACGUAAUGCGAGGAAGCUUCAGGGUGUGGUUAAUGAGCUGAAGAAGCUCAAUGCAAACCGCAAGCUGCCAGACGUCGAGACCUGCGAAUUGGAGCCAGACCAGCUCAACACCCUCGUCAAGAAGACCAAGCUUCUCAUCACCACUGUCGGUCCCUUCAUGCACUAUGGCGAGCCCGUUCUCGCUGCUUGCGCCGCCAAUGGCACUCACUACCUGGAUUCCACUGGUGAGGUGCCCUGGAUUUACGACAUGAUCUCGAAGUAUGAUGCACUUGCAAAAUCCAACAAGAGCAUCAUCAUCCCAGAGGCAGGUCUCGACUCCGUACCCGCAGACAUCAUGGCCUACGUCCUCGCUCGUGCAGUGCGAAAGAAGUUCCAAGCAGAUUGCGAACGUGUCAUCAUGACCCUCUACGACUUCAAGAGCGGCAUUUCUGGUGGGACCAGUCUGACCAUGCUGGAGCUUUUUAGCAACUACUCCCUCGGACACUUGGGAAAGAGCAUGCAUCCCUACUCUCUCAGCCCGACCAAAUUCGACAAACAACUAGACAAGCCCACUGGUAGUCCCAAUGGCGGUCUGCUUGGUCUGCCCAAUAUUGCUGAGCUUGGUGGUCUGCAGACUACAGGCCUCAUGGCAGGCGUCGACGCCUGCAUCGUGCAUCGCUCUGCCGGCCUGUACGGCUAUGGCCCGCGCUUCCGCUUCAAUGAAUACAUGCGAGCCAAAUCUCUUAUCCAAGGCCUUAUUGUCAAGUUCGCUUUGGGCAUCGUCGGACUGUUUCUCGUGCUGCCACCUACACGUUGGAUCCUCGCACCUCUGUUCAAGAGGUUCUUGAUCCCUGCGUCUGGCGAGGGUCCUACGAGGGAGAGCAUGAAGAACGACUUUAUGUCUUACCGUGGUGUAGGUGUCGCCGAGGGCAGCGGGCAGAAGGUUACAGCGAAGUUGGACGUCGGCCAUGGCGGAUACGGGGCUACAGCAAUUACGCUGGCUGCUGCUGCGAACGUCAUCCUGAGAGGCAGGCUUGAGGAGACAGAGGCUGGGAGGUUGGGAGGCGGGAUUCUCACGCCUGCGACGCUUGGUGAGCAGUAUGUGGAUACUCUCAAUGACUUUGGGAUGAAGAUUCAGGUCGACGCAUGAAGGACAGAAGUAGGAAGAGCCGAGUAUUCGCCA